UUGGAGACAUUUCAAAUGGACUUGAAGAUUUCUAAUCAAUCGCGUAUAAUGAUUCGACGAAGUCCGACACGGAUAGAGAUGCGUUUGGACGAUUUGCAGGAAUACGAGGAAAUAAGAAAAGCACAUGAAGCCAAGAAGGACCCUGAAAAGAAAUCGUCAUCUUCUAUGACUCCUCCUAUAUGGGGAGGCAAAGUUCCUCAGAGUGAAAUUCAGGAACGCAUUGGUUACAUACCGCAACAGCACCCACCUACACAUAAUCGAGCCACAACAUAACAAUGCACGACGUCAACUAAUCUAAUAUAAUAUAAAUCAGAUAAACAGAGAGGCAAUAAAAUUAUGUUAA